UGGAAACAGCUCUCAACCCGGCAGAAGCCAUUGUAAAACCAGCAUCAACGUCGUGUCUUUUGGCGGGCACAUUUUUUACUGAAUUUUGUGAAAUUUACAUUAAUAAUCUUAAAACAAGAGCAAUUAUUUAUUAAAAAUGGGUGACAAGGACGGCGAAACUUUUGAUGACGCGGUAGAAGAGCGCGUAAUAAAUGAAGAGUACAAAAUCUGGAAAAAGAACACUCCAUUUUUGUACGACCUUGUGAUGACCCACGCUCUAGAGUGGCCAUCGCUGACAGCCCAGUGGCUGCCAGACGUAACCCGUCCAGACAGUAAAGACUACUCGAUCCACCGACUGAUCCUCGGGACCCACACCUCCGAUGAGCAGAACCACCUCCUGAUAGCCAGCGUCCAGCUCCCGAACGAGGACGCCCAGUUCGACGCCUCCCACUACGACAAUGAAAAAGGAGAGUUCGGAGGCUUCGGCUCCGUCAGCGGCAAGAUCGAGAUCGAGAUUAAGAUCAACCACGAGGGCGAGGUCAACCGGGCCCGGUACAUGCCCCAGAACCCCUGUGUCAUCGCUACCAAGACGCCCUCCAGCGAUGUACUCGUUUUUGACUACACCAAACAUCCCAGCAAGCCUGAUCCCAAUGGCGAGUGCCAUCCUGAUUUGAGACUACGUGGGCACCAAAAAGAAGGCUACGGGCUAUCCUGGAACCCGAAUUUGAACGGUUAUCUUCUGAGCGCUUCCGACGACCACACGAUCUGCUUGUGGGACAUAAACGCGACCCCGAAGGAGAACCGAGUGAUCGACGCAAAGACAAUUUUCACGGGGCACACCGCGGUAGUAGAAGACGUCGCCUGGCACCUUUUGCACGAGUCCUUAUUCGGGUCGGUCGCGGACGACCAGAAGUUGAUGAUCUGGGACACCAGAUGCAACAACACCAGCAAGCCGAGCCACACUGUGGACGCUCACACCGCGGAGGUCAACUGUCUCAGCUUCAAUCCCUACUCCGAGUUCAUCCUAGCUACAGGAAGCGCUGACAAAACUGUCGCCCUCUGGGAUCUCAGAAACUUGAAGCUCAAGCUUCACUCCUUUGAGUCGCACAAGGACGAGAUCUUCCAGGUUCAAUGGUCUCCGCAUAAUGAGACUAUUCUUGCUAGCAGUGGCACCGAUAGGCGUCUACAUGUUUGGGAUCUUAGUAAAAUUGGCGAGGAACAGUCCAGUGAAGAUGCUGAGGACGGUCCUCCGGAGCUAUUGUUCAUUCACGGUGGACACACUGCUAAAAUAAGCGAUUUCUCAUGGAACCCCAACGAACCUUGGGUAAUCUGUUCAGUGUCCGAGGACAAUAUCAUGCAGGUCUGGCAAAUGGCCGAAAACAUUUACAACGACGAGGAACCGGACACACCCGCCAGCGAGCUAGAAACUGGCGCAUCUUAAUUAUUUUUCCCUAAUUAAUUAUUAUUACUUUUCCACUCAAGUCCCGACUAGUAUCUUCUAAAAUAUUGACUGGGAUUUUCUGUAUUUUUUUUACAUAGGUUAAGAUACUCUAAUUAUUAUUAUUAAUAUUAUUAAAUCAAUUAUCACCGCGUAUUUCAUUGAUUAAAAUAAAAACAGUGAUGAAAUAAUUUUUAGAAUUUUGUAAACUUUAAUUAAAAAUAGAUUACUAAUUAUUUUUAUGUCUUCGCCGCCAUUUUUAGAAUCCUCAGAGUCUCAGCUUUAAGACCCACUAUAAAUUUU